GACAGUCUGAAAUAAAUCUGUGCUGCGUAUUAAAAGAGACAACUUGCACAGAGUUGGACAGAUUCAAUCCAAUGGACUCCACACGCAAAUUUGGGAAAUACAGAGUAGAGAGAGAAGUGUUGGAUGAGCAGAGACUGGAAGAUUUAACACAGAGAAAAACGUACUCUGAUGUCCAUCGUUCUCCAACUGAGCAGCUUAAAGAUUCCCUAAGAUGUACCGUACCCAGACUGAAGCGAGGCGUGAUGAGCAGCUUGCCUGUGUUGUACUGGCUGCCCAAGUACUCAAUCUGGGACUACGGCAUGCCGGACCUCGUCUCUGGGAUUAGUGUGGGCAUAAUGCACCUGCCACAAGGUAUGGCGUAUGCAUUGUUGGCUUCUCUGCCUCCCGUAUUUGGCCUCUACACAUCCCUCUAUCCAGCAUUAAUCUACUUCUUUUUUGGAACGUCACGUCAUAUUUCCAUCGGUACAUUUACGGUGCUCAGCAUCAUGGUGGGAAGUGUGACAGAGAGACUCGCUCCAGAUGUGGAUUUCCUCAUAAAAAAUGGGACAAACAUGACUGCAGAGGUGGACAUCACUGCCCGGGACUCCUACAGGGUGCAGGUGGCAGCUGCUACCACUGUCCUCGGAGGACUUAUUCAGGUGCUACUGGGGGUUGUAAAGUUUGGAUUUGUGGGAACGUACUUGUCUGAACCUCUGGUGCGAGCUUAUACAACGGCUGCUGCAGCUCACGCCGUGGUGGCGCAGCUGAAGUACAUCUUUGGAGUUUCCCCCACACGGUUCAGCGGGCCGAUGUCACUGGUGUAUAUUGUGGCAGGGACACUAGUGUCAUCAUAUGCCCACUUAAACGGCAACUACACUAUCUCAGUUGUUGGAGACAUUCCGAGUGGGUUAAGCCCUCCCUGCGUACCAGAUGUGAGUCUUUUUGGAGAAGUUAUAGGAGAUGCUUUUGCUUUGGCCAUUGUUGGAUACGCCAUAUCUAUUUCCCUGGGUAAAACAUUCGCAAUAAAACACGGAUACAAGGUGGACAGUAACCAGGAGCUUGUGGCGCUGGGCCUCAGCAACGCAGUGGGAGGCUUCUUCCAGUGCUUCUCUGUCUGCCCCUCCAUGUCUCGAAGUCUAAUCCAAGAGAGCACCGGAGGUAAAACACAAAUGGCUGGAGUGGCCUCAGCUCUAAUCGUGCUCGUGACGAUACUCAAACUUGGAACCCUUUUCCAGGAGCUGCCAAAGGCCAUCCUUGCAUCGAUCGUCUUUGUAAAUUUGAAGGGCAUGUUCAAGCAAUACGCCGACAUCGUCACGCUGUGGAGGAGCAGCAAGAUUGAUCUGGUGGUGUGGCUGGUCACCUGGGUGUCAACAAUGCUGCUCAAUCUGGAUCUGGGUCUGGCGGCAUCCAUCACCUUUGCUCUCUUCACUGUUAUCUUCAGGACUCAGAUGCCGACAUACUCUGUUCUGGGUAAUGUUCCCGGUACAGAACUGUAUGUCGACAUAGAGACCCACAGAGAGGCCAGAGAGAUUCCAGGUGUGACUAUAUUUCGCUCAUCUGCUACCGUAUAUUUCGCCAACGCUGAUCUCUACCUCGAAGCCCUGAAAAAAAAGAGUGGGCUAGACAUCAGUAAGAUGAUCAUCUAUAAGAGGAGGCAGGAGGCCAAACAGAGGCGACGAGAAAGAAGAGCCGAGAGACGGGCAAAGAGGCGAGCCAAGAAAGAGAGACGGGCUCAGAGGGCGGCUGAACAGCUCCCUGGAUCUGCUGUGGUCUCUGUCGAGGAAGAUGUCGGCUUCUGGGGGGACACGUGUAUAGACGGGACAGUUUCAGAGGAGGAGGACCAGAACUGGACCGAGAGGGAGAACGGGACAGUGUUUGUCAUCCCGACCACUCCCCGAACGCCAGACGGUCCGUCUAGAUGGGAGUACCUGAAAGGAGGGGAUCCAGACUGCACCAGCUUAGACUGGAUGUCUGAGCUGCAGGACGGGGACACCACCACUCUGGGCUCCAGCAGCGAGGACACGCUGAGUCGAGACCUGGAGCGGGUCUCUCUUGGGUCUCUGGGCAAGUGGACCUGGGACAUUCACUCCAUUAUUCUUGACCUCUCCACGGCUAACUUCAUCGAUACAGUGGCGAUCAAGACGAUGAAAAACAUUUUCCAGGACUUCAGUGAGAUUGAUGUGGACGUCUACAUGGCCGGUUGUCAGGCCUCUGUGGUGGAACAGUUGGAGCGAGGCGACUUCUUCUCCGAGACGAUAUCGAAGAGACGUCUUUUCGCCUCCGUUCAUGACGCUGUGCUCUACUGUCUGAACCACCGUGGAGCGACAUCCUUCCCCAGAUACGAGCCGUCGCUGGACAUGCACAGAAGCACGAAACUUUAGGGUCUUCAAGCGAGCAGAGGACGGAAGAACACCGACUGGAAUUAACAUCAGGAGCUGAGAAAUGUUAUUUGCAAAUUAACAGAUGAAAGAGUGAAGGUAAAAAGAAAUGACUAAAUCUGGUUUUAGUCAUCUUGUGACUAAACGCUGUCUCCUAUUGUUGACUUGAUAUUUAUACAUUUUGUGUUCAUGUGAAAGGAAGAGCAACACGGUAGAGCUUCAUUUAACUUUAUUCAGUGUAGGAGACGGAACAUUUUGACAUCGUAAAUAAAUAAAAUGGAAUCUGAACAUCUGAGCAA